UUUGGCGAAACGAAGGGCCAAAUAGUGCAAGUGAUUCUCUGAGCCGGUCUGGAUUUCCAAGGCCUCGGGAAACUGGUCGAGAUAGAUGACAGCACCUUUUUCCCCUCUUCCUUACCGGGAGGGCAAUCUUCUCUUAUGGCCUUCACCUCCCGCCCGGCCCGGAAAUAGAGAACCAAGCCCCCUUCUGAUCCAUUCAUUUCUGCAAGCAGGGAGGAUCCAGAGCUAAGCCCCCUCCUAUUCGAGGCCGGAUGGCCUCGCCCCCACAAGCACCCAACCUUCCUUUUGCUCUUUAUUCGGUUUGCCUCCACGAACGCGCCACGUCCGGAGCCCUACUCAUAUUCCAAAGGCGACCAGCUUUCAAUACUAGUUGUUACCCUUUUUUCCUAUAUUAUUGAAUAGCAUGGCCUGGGGCUAAGAUAACUCAAGUGGGAGAGCCGUGUUAUGGGUGACCUUAUUGCACGGUUCAGAGAGCACUUGUGUAUGUGAUGCAAGUGAACGUGUACGAAAAAGCUGUCGUAAAGUUUCGUUGUUCGUUCCGUCGUCGACCCUAUCUAUGUUUCUAUGAUGGCCCAAGAACACGCUCAUUCUUCAGCCGUAGAGAGACUUUUGAAUUGCGAGGUACCAUUACGAGCUCAAUAUAUACGAGUGUUAUUCCGUGAAAUAACUCGAAUUUCAAAUCAUUCACUUGCUUUAACUACUCAUGCUAUGGAUGUGGGAGCAUCAACUCCGUUCCUGUGGGCUUUUGAGGAGCGGGAGAAAUUGUUGGAAUUCUAUGAAAGAGUCUCGGGAGCCAGGAUGCAUGCCAGUUUCAUACGACCAGGUGGAGUGGCACAAGAUCUUCCUCUUGGCUUAUGUAGAGAUAUUGAUUCCUUCACACAACAAUUUGCUUCUCGUAUCGACGAAUUAGAAGAGAUGUCAACCGGCAACCGUAUCUGGAAACAACGAUUAGUGGAUAUUGGUACUGUCACUGCACAGCAAGCAAAGGAUUGGGGAUUCAGUGGUGUAAUGUUAAGAGGUUCAGGGGUAUGCUGGGAUUUGCGAAAAGCAGCACCUUACGAUGUUCAUGACCAAUUGGAUCCUGACGUACCAGUAGGUACCAGAGGAGAUCGCUAUGAUCGUUACUGUAUUCGUAUCGAAGAGAUGCGACAAAGUGUUCGGAUCAUUGUGCAAUGUCUUAAUCAAAUGCCUAGUGGCAUGAUCAAAUCCGAUGAUCGUAAGCUGUGUCCUCCAUCACGAUCUCGAAUGAAACUAUCCAUGGAAUCGUGCGCCGUGUGAAACGUAGAUCAUCGCCGUUCUUAACCGAGACUCAGGUUAAGCUCCGUCUCGGAACCUUGUGGGGUUAGGAGUAAAGCAUCCCGAGGUUGGCGCAUCUCGUUAAGCGUGGAGAAGCAUUGGGAACCCCAAUUUAUUUCUUCGGAGCCGUUUCUUUUCCCGUCCCCCCCGCCCCGGCAUAGCGUUUCGCUUCCGGUUCUUCGGAAUAAUAAACUGACGUCUCCCUUCUUCAUCGAUCUGGGGGAAAAGGAACCGUCUACCAGUUGGGAAGCUAGACAUCAAGUAAGUGGCUUGAUGAGGAUAACUAAGCUGACACACGCCGGAAUUGGCUGCUGGCACAACAGGGUGGUGCCUUACCGCACCGCAGGCGGACGCGCGGUAGCGUUCGUGGUGGUGCUUCAGGAUUCCAAUGUACUGCGCCCCAAGAUCAGAACGAGCUUGCCGGCGGACCACUGCCGUCCCAUUCUUGAGUGAGCUGGAGCGCAGCCAUCUUAUCCACUGAACUAGCUAGAAGCUAUCGCUUCGGGUCGAAGCACUAAAAGAAAAGGACCGGGAAACGCGGCGGCAUAGGAACCACGGGACCCCCUACUAGUAAAGGGAAAACGGAAGUGCGCUCCUGCGCACCAGCUGAAAAAGCCCUUUCCCUUAUUCAUAAUAAUAACCCACGGGGGCGGUAAGCUUUAUAGCUCCAACCUAGUAAAGGGGCUUUGAUGCCCUUUGUAUAGGUUGGGUUGCUGGAUACGGGAUUCUCAUAGUAGGCUGGACCAAGAUCCAGCCGAGAGAGGGCAGUCUUUAGAAACAACAGGUUGGGAAAGCAAGAGAACACUUGGCGUUUUUCUUAUCUUCUUCCCGCCCUAGGAGUAGCACAAAAAGAGGGAUUAGCAUUAUUGACCCAAUGAUAAACCACUAACACCUUCCUCGUUGGGGCUCCGCGCACUGGGAAAACGCUCUAGCGACGGCACUAGUUACAAAGCUACAAUAAGGUAUCGAGAGGGCUAUCACAGUCAGGUGCGAACAAAUUACCCCUAUUUAGGGCGAAAAAUGGUUUGAUGAACCCGGCCCCAUUCACUUGCUUAUCGUAUAGGCUGUAAGUACACAGUGCCCCACAAGUAGGAUGCUUUUUCCAGAACGCAGUCCGAGAUAACCGUAACCGUGUAUAUAUAUACAUAUAUAUUCGAUGCUGUCAUUUCGAAAUGUCCGCUUCAACCGCUGUUUCACCCCCCCAAAGAGCAAAGUUGGCUUGAUGAGCACAGAUGAGGAAGCGGGAGCAAUAAAAAAAUCAUAUAUUUCUUGUCUAAAGAAACUAUUUAGAAAUGGGGCAAAGAGAAGCGCUUUUGCUACUGAGAAAGCGAACAAGCAACGGAUUGAGCUAGCGCCGAAGCCCUAUGUGCGUGCUAUAAUGCUGAGCCAAGGACGCUCCGCCUUAUCUAUAGAAGCAGUAAACUGAGUUCUGAACGAAUUAGCUCCUUGGUAAUGGCUUAAUCUAUAGAUAGAAAGCCCUAUGAUGGGAAACUACCACGUUAGGUUUGGAGAGAGAUGGGACCGGUUAUAUAAUAGGGGAAGCAGAUGCAAGCUUUUUCUUUCCCGGCCAAAUGACUACAGGAUC